GUUGAAAUCUUUGAAAAAGAACGUUGAUCUUCGUUUCAACAUGAAUAUCUUCUCAACAACUCAAAACAUUUGUAAAAUUUGAUUCUCGUUGGAACUCAUUGAGAUGUUUCCAGUUAAAGCUCCUGUUAUGAGUUAUUGAAUGUCGAUUAAGUAAUUGUCGUAUAUAUUCAAAACUAGGAUGAAUAAAAUAGUGUAAUUUUUAAAUGUACAGAUGCGUUUUUGUUCAUUAAUUUGGAUGAUAUUCGGAACUUAUGAAAAAUAACUGCGCAAAUGGUAGUAUAGGUAGACGUAUUUUGGGAAUAAAAACUUUUCGUCUAAGUAUUUAGGCAAAAAACAGAAACUUUUUAUCUCUCUGGGAGACCAACAAAAAGGUUUCUCAACAUAGUUGAUUCUAAUAGCAUUCCAUCGCCUGGAUUGUUGCAUGAAAAACAAGUAAGUCAUUUUCAUAUGGCUGGUUAUGACACUUGCAAUGUACAUUACAUUUAGCUAGAUCGUGGUUUAUUCCUCUCUAUAAAUAUCGUCUCUUAUUUUUUUUCAGAUGCCAAUCGGAACACAAGAACCUGACCGUUGCCCAAGAUGCGACAAACCAGUUUAUCAUGCCGAAGCAAUACCGGCUGCUGGUUUAUGUAAGAAGAUGUUAGAAGCAAUGACAAUGGCUUCGCAUGAAGGAAAUCUAUUUUGUAGACAAUGUUAUGGUCGUAAAUAUGGUCUUAGAGGUGUUGGUUUUGGUCAAGGAGCUGGAACACUUGCCAUGGAUUCUGGUGAACGCUUUGGAAACAAAGAAUCACUCACGAAUAAACCAAACUAUGCUCCACCUCCAGGUGUUCAACAAACUCCUCAAGAAUAG